UCACUCAGAACAGAAUUGACACUGACCACUUUGGGAGUUGAGACACUGGAAUACUUCUCAUCACACAGACAGACUAGACAUGGGACUGCAUAGCGUUGAAGAGCUGGUCACUGGUAAGAGGUGUGAGGGAAAGGAGGCAGGCGAGCACCUAUCAGGGGCGUGUUCAGAGAGUGUGUACGAGGUAGCCGUCAACCAGGAGAAACAGGAUGGCCGGAGGUCACACAAAGACCUCAUCCCAGAGGAGAAUGACAACAGCACUCAGGAGGAGAUCACAGUUGUCAAUCUCAAUACCGACAAAUCAGGCCGGCUGAAGCUAGAGACUGUGGACGACCUUUUCAACAUCCUGAAACUGAGGAAGAGGAGGAGGGAGAGGAAGGUGCAGAACAAGAAAGAACCUGAGCCAGAGAUCAUUCCCGACACAGUCGAUGAAGACACAUUCCUGAAAGCAGCUAUGGAAAAUAAACUGCCUGUAAUUGAGAAAUACCUGUCAGAUGGAGGUGACCCCAACGUCGGUGAUCAUUUCCUAAGGACAGCGCUACACAAAGCCUCAUCCAAGGGCCAUGUGGAGAUUGUGAAGAGACUGCUGGAGGCUGGGGCUUCCAUUGAGAAGAAAGAUAGAUUGGACGCUACAUCAGUACACUGGGCCUGCAGGGGAGGCAGCCUGACUACUCUGGAGCUGCUACUCAAUGAAGGAGGGAAGUUCAACUCCAGAGACAAGCUACGCAGCACUCCUCUCCAUGUGGCAGUGAGGACGGGACACAAUGAAUGUGCUGAGCACCUCAUCCACUGUGGAGCAGACGUCAAUGCUAAAGACCGAGAUGGAGACACACCCAUGCACGAUGCUGUGAGGAUAAACCGAUUCAAAAUGAUCAGGCUGCUGCUGAUGUAUGGAGCCAGUCUUAAAACUAAGAACAGCGAAGGCAAGUCCCCUAGUGAGAAUCUUCUGGCAUGGCAGAGUGGUGCUAAAAACCUCCUGUGCAAUGUCAACAAUGAAAACUCUGUCAAAUAGAACAAUGACUCCUCAAGGUCUUGUGGAGAUCUAUGGCUAUUGAAAAUGUGAAAUCCAUCCAUUCAUUCAGAUUGUCAUUGAUAUCUGAUACUGAUAGAAUUAUUGAAUGCCAAUAUUGCUGGCCAAUGUUAGGGCUGUAGCUUCCAUGCAUUUUGAUGUUGUGUUGAAGUUGGCUAUUGAGAUUCUGGGGAGAUUUAUGUGAUCGUUGGUUAAUGAGCAAGACAAAUGCAAUGGCAUGAUACUGUGGGAUUUUACAAGGUGAUAUGUUACGGGAACACUUACAGUACAACUGUAUGCUCAAAAGAGUUGCAGUACUACUGUAACUCAAAAGAGUUUUAACCAAAACUAGUUUUCUGGUUACAUUCACCUCUUUCAGUCUAAACACACAGACAGAAGUGAUAGUAGUGAACCGGAAUGGAAAGUUGUUGUUGGUUAAGAGAAUGUUUUAAACAGGAAAUCAUUUGAGUGAUAUUUUUGAUGUUUGUUUUUAGAAGAGACUAGAAUGCAAAGUGUCAAGAGACCUCACUGAGUUUUGUAUUUAUUGUAAAGUUAAUCUGUACAUUAUGCUUGUUAGUUAUUGUUUGUUUAAGUCAAUAAACCAAUCUGAUAUUUAAAAAUA